AGCAUAAAUGGUGAGCCAACAUCACCUCAUCAUGUGGUGGUAUGACAUUGCCACAAUUAUUCUUCUUGGAAAUCUCCAUUAAAGUUGACUUAAGACCAGCCUUUGUUCUUGUCUUCAUCCCCUAUAAAAGUCCCUGUUGGAGCAGCCAAACAAACCUCAGACCUCUCAAGAAAAGGUACCGUAGUCAUCGGGAGUUUAGGGCACUCUAUAUUUUAGAGAGCUAUUUUUAUGUAGGACAGUUUGUAAAAUUACUUUUAUUUUACCAAAGCCUUUAUAUACCGUAUAUUUAAUCCAACCUCUGUUUCUCUGUCAGAUUGCUUUGAGAAAAAUUGUCAAGUAAGAACAUGGCUCGACUGAUAAUCUUGGCUGGAUUGUCUCUUCUGAUGUGUCUUCAUGUUGCUUCUUCAACCAAACUGGUGUGCUACUUUACCAACUGGUCCCAGUACAGAGUAGGCCUUGGUAAAUAUCUCCCAGACAAUGUGGAUCCUCACCUCUGCACUCACCUGAUUUACGCCUUCUCACAAAUUAGCCCUUCUAAUGAGCUGAAAACACUGGAGUGGAACGAUGAGGUUCUUUAUCAAUCCAUCAAUGGAYUGAAGAACAGAAACCCUCAGCUGAAGACUGUGCUGUCUGUUGGUGGGUAUAAUGCUGGAUCAUCACACUUUACCAGGAUGGUUUCAACUCAGGCCAACCGUCAGGUGUUCAUCCAGUCUUCCAUCAGAUUUUUGAGACAGCAUGGCUUUGAUGGGCUGGACCUGGACUGGGAGUACCCUGGACAAUAUUUGUUUGAGGACAAGUGGAAGUUCACAUUGUUCUGCCAGGAAUUACGUGCAGCUUUUGAAAGGGAGGCAGUUGAGACAGGCAGACCACGGCUGCUGCUCUCAGCUGCAGUGGCAGCUGGGCAGGCACUCAUUGACAGGGGUUAUGAGAUUGUAGAAAUAUCCAGGGUUCUGGAUUUCAUAAAUGUCAUGAGCUACCGCUUACAUGGACCCGGGGAUGGAUUCCUUGGCCACAACAGCCCUCUGUUCACCAGUUCUGCCCUUGGAGGCAAAUUCGCUAACUACAAUGUUGACUUUGCCCUUAGAUACUGGAGAGCUAACGGAGCUCCUGCUGAAAAACUGUUGGUUGGUUUUCCCACUUUUGGGCGCACAUAUAAGACAGCAACAGCAGAUCAUAGAAUUGGAGCACCAUCGAGAGGAGCAGGCUCUCCUGGGCUCUACACCMGAGAGGAAGGAAUUUUGUCUUACUAUGAGAUUUGCACUUUCCUCAAUGGAGCUACUACACAUUGGAAUAUUGAACAGAGGGUGCCUUAUGCAGUUAAAGGCAUUGAGUGGUUGGGCUUCGACAACAGACAGAGCUAUGAAAUCAAGGCACAGUAUGUGAAACAUAACCGUCUAGGAGGAGCAGUAGUCUGGUCUCUGGAUCUGGAUGAUUUUAGUGGAAGCUUCUGUGGUCAAGGAAACUAUCCCCUCAUUAGUUAUCUGCGCUCUCUUCUUAACUCAGAUUUCCCAACACCUCCACCAGUCGGCUCAACAAACCCUCCCAGCCAAACCACCACCACCCCAGGCCCAGCUACCACCACAAAGGUUGUUACUGGAAAUGGUUUCUGUGUUGGAAAGGUCGACGGUCUCUACCCAAACGUUGACGAUCGGAACACCUUCUACCAGUGUGUCGCCGGGCUUACAUAUGUGCAGAGAUGUCAGCCCACUCUUAUUUACAAUCAUUAUUGCCAGUGUUGUGUCUAUAGCUAAAGAAAAUGCCUUUUUUGUCAAACAGGAUUGUGUUGUGCUGUUAUGUAUCUUGAAUUAUUAAUUAUGACUAAUUAAAAAGAUAUACUUCUAG